AUGGUCCAAUUAACUCAAGUUGAAGACGAACAGAUUAUCGAGGAGAAAGCUCCACAAGUAGUACCACAGGAAAAUGAUGAUGAUUAUACUGAUACAUCGGCUUCAGAUUCUGAAGACGACGAUGAAUUCUUUCAAGACGAAACCAUUUAUGAAAGAAUCGUGGCUUUAAAAGAUAUAAUCCCCCCUACUCAAAGAUCAUCAUUGGCCUCGUUUGGAUCCAGCUUAUCAUCUACUUUAUCUUCAUUAUUUUCUAAGAGCGGGUCACUGUUAUGGGUUGUGACCUCCUCAGCUCUGUUACUGGGAGUCCCUUUGUCGCUUUCAAUUUUAUCCGAACAGCAAUUGAAAGAGAUGGAGAAGGAGUUUACCUUGCAACAAACUUCUAACGAAGUUUUAGCUCCAGGAUCAGAACAAGCCUUCCAGCAACCGGGUCAACCACAAUCAUCCGCCUAG